AUUAAAUAUUUUAAAAAUGAAGGCUCUUUUCUGUUUAGGAGUUGGAAUGUUGAUGACCUAAUAGGACAAGACUGUUCAUGCCUGGUUGUACAGAGAUGAUAUUGGUGCCUUUUGGGGUAUCAAGGGAUAUGAAGAGCAAGUGACAGAAGUGGGUACACAUAGAGGUCAUAUGUCAUGGCCAUAAUAUAGAUUCUUGGGCACAUUUGAUUCUGCCAGUGUCAGAAGAGGAUUUCUUGUUUUCUCUAGAAACUGUGCCAAUUGUCAUGGUAUUGUGUAUAAAAAAUAUGAUGUUUUAUUGGAUAAAGUUUACAAGCAAUUAGAGUUGGCAGCAUUGGUAAGUAAUUUCACUAUUCACCCUGCUCAUCAUCACUUCAAACAAUUCUAUUAUUAGGAAUGGGACGAGAGAGAUAGAUAUAUCCAUGACAGAAUCUACCCUCCCUACUUCUCUUAAGAUUAAGCCAAAAAUGCUAACGGUGGUGUAUGGCCAACAGACUUUUCUAAAAUCAGACUUAGACCUGGAGGCGUCAACUAUAUUUAUAACAUUUUGACCGGAUAUCACUACAAGCCUUACUAAGGUUUAGAUGUUCCAAAAGGAAAGGCAUACAACCCUUAUUUUGAUCACAUGAUCAUUGGUAUGGUCAGAUAAUUGCAUGAUGGACUUGUCGAUUAUGAGGAUGGCACUCCUGCAUCAACUCCAUAAAUGGCAUUCGAUGUCACUAAUUUCAUCCAAUUUGUUUAAAGAAGAAGCGGUUUCCAAAGACCUGAUAAGACUGUUAGAUAUUACAUGUUCUUAACAGGAAUUGCAUUAAUCUAUCCAUUUGCUUAUUUGAAGACAAGAGGAUUCUACAGAAACAAUCUUUCUCUCAGAUGGGAAAUGUAUGCAGUUAGAGAUGGAGUUUAUUACAAUCAUUUCAAAAAGGGAUGGAAGAAUUCCAGAGCUAUUCAAUUCAGAGGUCAAGUCUGGGCUUGAUUUAUAUAAAUUAUUCAAAAAUAAUGCAAAUAUUAUUUCUAUGUACAAUCA